UACUUCUUGUUUCAGACUAUCUCCCCUACUUCUUCCUCCCAGACCCAUUCUGUGAGAUUCUGGGGCACUGAGAAAAGCCAAGACAAGCUGGUUAGAAUGUGUUAUUUAGGGGGUCAAGCUGUGAAGACUUUCUAUGUGGAGAGAACCAAGCUUCCUUUUUUGACUUGGUUUUACUCAGUGAGCAACUCAGAUAUAGUGUGUCCUUCCCUUCAAAAUAGGGCUACGGGUUUUGGUUCCUGGUCUUGUAGAGUCAAGUACAAGAGAGGUAAUAAGCUCUGGAUAUAGAGUCAUCCCUUAAGAGGAGCUGGACUGGGAGGGUACCGUUGUCUCUUCAUUUAGUGAGUUAGCAUCUGGAGUCAGGCUCUUUUCCCUGUUGUAACAGUUUGUCCACAGAAAUUGUGACAGACAAGAUUAGAGUUCCUGGGUGUCUUGGUGAUAGCUAUAGUAGACCCAAUGAGGCAGGGGAUGGGUUUGGAGCAGCAGUAUGCUGGUAGAAGUUCAAUAACCAACUCUGAAAAAAGUGUGUAGGACACACUUUAAAGUUCAAUCUGCAUUAUUAAAAUUUUCUCCAUCACUUUCUUAAGUCUAGGCAAUCAACAAGAGAAUGAAUUAAGGCUUGAUUUCUAGCACUUGGCCAUAUCUGAUAUGUUAAUGGUCACAAUGAAAAUUGAAUAAUCAGAGGCACCUAGUUGGCUCAGUGCAUAGAGCUUCAGGUCUGGAGUUGGGAAAUCCUGUGUUCAUUCAAAUGUGGCUCCAGACAUUUCCUAGUUGUGUUACCCUGCGCAAGUCACUUAACUCCAAAUGCAUAACUCUUACUCCUCUUAUGCCUUGGAACUAAUACUCAGUAUUGAUUCUAAAAGAAAAGGUAGGAGUUUAAGGGGGAAAAAAAAGAAAAUUUAAAGAUCAGUUCUGGUGAGUUGGUUCAAGCUUUCUCUAGUGAAACCCAAUUCUAAAAGACCCAGAUUGAUUUUCCUUCUUGUCAAUGGACAAUCGAAGGAAUGGCUGAGGCAACCUUCUAAUGUGAUUUUUUUUCUUUCUCCACAGAAUGGGCAGAGAAAAUGACUCCUUUGUGUCUGAGUUUAUCCUUUUUGGUUUAACUGACCAACCAGAACUCCAGAUCCCUCUUUUCUUCCUGUUCCUUGGGAUCUAUGUGAUCACUGUGGUGGGAAACCUGGGCUUGAUUGUUUUGAUUGGUCUUAAUUCUCAUCUUCAUACCCCCAUGUACUAUUUUCUAUUCAAUCUGUCCUUCGUAGAUCUCUGUUACUCCUCAUCUAUUAUCCCCAAGAUGCUUGUGAAUUUUGUAUCAGUGAAAAACACCAUUUCCUAUUCAGGGUGCAUGGCUCAGCUAUAUUUCUUUUGUUUCUUUGUAAUUUCUGAGUCCUUCCUGCUGUCAGCUAUGGCAUAUGAUCGUUAUGUUGCUAUCUGCAAGCCACUGCUUUACAACAUCACUAUGUCCUAUCAAGUCUGCUGCCUGCUAGCAGUUUGUGCCUACGUGAUGGGGUUUUCUGGUGCCAUGCCCCACACAGGAAGCAUGCUGAGACUGUCCUUUUGCAACAACAACAUCAUCAAUCACUACAUGUGUGACAUACUCCCUCUCCUGGAGCUCUCGUGUACCAGCACCUAUGUCAAUGAAUUGGUUGUUUUCAUUCUUGUGGGCAUUGAUAUUGGAGUCCCCACUAUCACUAUCUUUAUCUCUUAUGCUUUAAUCCUCUCUAGCAUCCUCCAUAUCAAUUCCACUGAAGGCAGGUACAAAGCCUUUAGCACCUGCAGCUCCCAUAUGAUGGCUGUUUCUCUUUUCUUUGGGUCUGGGGCUUUCAUGUACCUCAAACCUUCCUCUCUUCUCUCCAUGAGCCAAGGGAAAGUAUCCUCUGUGUUCUACACCAUUGUGGUACCCAUGCUGAACCCUCUGAUCUAUAGCCUGAGGAACAAGGAUGUCAAAUUGGCCAUGAAGAAAAUCUUGAGCAGAAAAAUAUUUUAAGCAGUACCAGGAUUAGUAUCAGUAAGUGGACUCAAGGUUUUUUCAUUUCUUUGCUGGAAAUCUUUCUUGGAGAGUUCUUGACCCAAAUGCUCUUCAGAGACAUCACAGAGAAAUGGGGAAUUCCAGAACUUUCA